GUUUCCUAUACGAUAACUGGAUUUGGCAAUCACGAUGGACAGUACACAAUGGGCAAAAAAAGGUCACGACUAGAGCGGCGCGGUCUUGGACUCGACGAUUCAGUGACUAAGUCCGGGAUGCCGUGGAUUCCCCAACAUUGUAUGGACUGGAGUGGUGGACACAUCGCCAUAGAGACCCUUGUUCAGAUCUACCUACCCCGGAAUCCUGUUCAUAACUGUUUCAUCCACCAGCCAAAUGUCCAGUUCUUUACCACAAACAAAGUCUCUGUUGAGCACUGUCUACAACAGUGGUCCAAGAGGCUCGACUUGAAUUCGACCGUGGGCAUAGCCAAAAGGCCGUAGAGCUAGUCGAAAGUAUCACGCAUCUAACUGUUGAAGAAGUCGCUCGGGCGUAUCAUUUACAUAUGCUCUCAAAGAUGCAACAGUACUGGAGUCAAGUUUUACCGCAGAAAAACCCAACGCACUUCCUUGCAUUCGUCGUUUAAGGCAGAGUCAAGAGGAAUCAGUCGCCCAGGUUGGCCACAUCGUAACUGCUCAGACUAUAUGGGAAAUCUAUGGCGAAGUUUAGGGUAUACAUAACGAUAUUCUUCUAGGUUCGCCAUCCGAACAGACACCGGAAGAAAUACCUUGUUAGAAGGCAGCACGUAAGCUUCUGCCGCCCGAGGACGCUUGGUCCGAGUUCGUAUUUCAGCGCCUUUUUAGCCGCCCAGAUCGACCAACCUAGAAUGGACUCGGCUUUUUGAAGCUAUACCGAAGAUUCGUGGAGAUUUAGGAAGUAAUUCGGGAACUAUACGGGACCUUUUGAUGUCCGAUUCGGUCGCAUGAUUGGGAAUUCCAUUCUGGUUACCUUUAACAGCGAUCGAACUAAGGAGAUUGGGACGAAUUCCAGUUCGGGAACCUGGUACACGGAUCAGCCAUCGUUUUUCUGAAUACAGUUCUGGGCUCCGUAUUUUUCGCCACCAAAGAGUAAUAUGGGAUGCUCCUGGGCCUCGAUAGAUGACUAUCAAUGCCGCAAUCCCCUCAUAUCGCCAGUUACCGUCUCUCUGAUCUUGAGCGAUGAGCAGUUUCAGAGCCGUGCCGAUCAUUUUCAGCAGUUAUGGUCACGAUUUGUCCUUAAUAAAGAGGACCCGCAUCAGAUGCGACCCAAAUCAAGAAACCGCAGAUGCCAAGAAGCGUUGCAGUGCCUCGUAGAUCUCACAGGCCCCCGAUGGGCACAGGGUGGCGAUGAUUUGGCAUAUGCCUUACACUGGAGAUUCUAUCCUCCGAGGCUGGGAGACGAGUACGAAGACCCAUUCCGCAUCCCUAUCUCAUCAACGUCCGUCCGUUUCGCGUACAAACCGUGCAGACCCACAAUCGUGCUUCCAUCACGCCACAACGCCGUUAUGCUCAUGGAUGCCAUCCAAUCUCUUCCUCAAUUGAGCCGGAGAACUAUUCAGCGACUUCGGCGGAGCCCAGCGCUUUUGAUCACCGGGAGUGACCAAUAUGAUAUACGAAGUCAUUUUAAAGCCAAAGAAAGAGCCAUCAUGAAGGUCACAAGACUCGAUCCAUUGCUAAAACAGUUCCUUGCACAGACUGAGCCUCCUCAAAGAGAACUU